AUGCUGGCUCCGAGCAACGUCACGACGGCGGUACGACUUGCGUUUGCGCUGUUUGUCGUUUCGGUGCCGGCCUUCUACUAUUUCAGACAUGAUGGGUUGGGGGAUGGGAGCAGGGCGUUUCUGCCUGCGUUUCCGAGCGCGCCGGCGAGUCUAGGUGGUGAGCAGACGUCAGAGAUGGGGGCGUCUAUCGAGAAGGAGGAUUUCAUUGCGAAGAUUCUGGGGACGGAAAUUGAUGGGCCGUUUGAUGCGAAGCCUUUGCAGGAUUUGUGUGCGAGGACGAGUUGGCAGGAGGGCUUGGUUAUGUCGUGUGAGGCGACGAGGGGAGGGGGGAUGGGGAAUAUACGGAAUGUUUUUGUGGAUUGUGUGAGGUUUGUGAUUGAAGCUGGUGCAACCGGCUUUGUGAUGCCAGACAUCCUCUUGCGAUCGAAUACGGACCUGAGCAAUCUACACAGUGGGCCGAAAGUCAGAUUCGAUUACAUGUUUGACAGCGCGUAUUUCAAAGAAACGCUUCAAGCAGCUUGUCCACGAUUAAAGGUCCUCGACAACCCACCCACCUUCCGCGAUCCUCACAAAUGCAAUCCCCAAGAUCCCAUGAACGACGGCUGGGAAGUCUCGCCCGAACUCAUCACCCUCCUCGCCGCGCCCGAGAAAUGGCGAAGUCAAUUCGACCGCUGGAUGGCCAACGAAACCUUCGACCUCGACAGCACGCAAACCAAACACGUCGACAUCGGCAGCAACAUCCUUCUCUGGCCCAUGCACCACGACGGCGUCCCCUUCAUGAACACCUUUGGUCGAAUCUUCCGCUUUCCCCUCUCUGUCCGCCGUCUCGCCGCCACAAUCCUCUACAACCUGCACACCACGCACCUCCCCAACUUCCUGCCCGUAAACGGCAUCCAGUCCAACGCCUAUCACGGCGCGCACCUGCGCACCUCCAAAGACGCCGUCGAAGCUGGUUGGACACCUUAUGAAGAGCAGUCCGCAGGCUACAUCGCACAAGCGCGCGCCGCGAAUCUGAACGUCAUAUACGUCGCCUCGGGCUCUGUAGAAGACACCGAACGUUUCCGCGCCGACGCUGCAGUCCACAACAUCACCACAGUAAACAAACACGAUCUGCUCUCCGAAUCCGAGCUCCUCGAGCUCAAAGCCCUAACCUGGGACCAGCAGGGGCUGAUUGACUACGAGGUGUUGCUGCGCGCGACCGAGUUUGGUGGUAUCGACACGAGUAGUUUUGCGUGGAACAUCGCGUUACGAAGACAUAUCCUGAGUAAACGGGAUGAUUAUCUAAGUGGACCUGAGGAGCAGUUUAAUUUGAAGGAUGAGUAUAGUCAGGUGUUUGGACGACGGAAUCGUGUUACGUUUUUCCCGAGGGGGCUGUGGCCUUGA